AUGGGGGAGAAGAGUUCUGACCCAGAGGCUCCCACCCUCUCCCACCAUGAAUCAUCCAAUUCCAUCGAGAAACAUGACGCCGCCGACGCAGUAACUGCUCGGGAGUGGGCUCGCGAUGGGUCCGAGCCCAAAACCACCAACACCAAACUCAAGAAUCCGCUGGCAGGGUUGAGUCGCGAGGAACUGCUCAGCGAUGUCGAGGCUUUUGCUCGGGAGAAGCACCUCGAACAUAUCCUCGAUGACCUUAGGAAAGGUGCACUCGUUGCCCGAGACCCUCGAGGGUUUGAGCAGAUGGACGAUCUGUCAGAGGGCGAGAAAGAGCUCCUCCGUCGGGAGAAGACUCAUCGCUGGAAUCAGCCGUUCAUGAUGUACUUCAUGACCAUUCUCUGUGCUGGAUCUGCAAUUGUGCAAGGAAUGGAUCAAACGGCUGUCAACGGCGCGCAAGAAUUUUACUUUGCUGAGUUCAAUGUCACCGACACUUGGCUUCAAGGCCUUCUUAACGGCGCACCCUACCUCUGCUCCGCGCUCAUCGGAUGCUGGACCACGGCACCUCUGAAUCGCUGGUUCGGGCGUCGCGGCUGUAUUUUCAUCUCGUGUUUCAUUUCCUUCGCCGCCUCGUUCUGGAUGGCAGCCGCUCACACCUGGUGGAAUUUAUUGUUGGGACGGUUUCUCCUUGGUUUCGCGGUGGGUGCCAAAUCCACCACCACCCCAGUCUACGGUGCCGAGUGCGCUCCCGCGAACAUCCGUGGUGCUCUGGUCAUGAUGUGGCAGAUGUGGACCGCGUUUGGAAUUAUGUUGGGCUACAUUGCGUCAGUUGCGUUUAUGGAUGUGUCGCACUCCACCAUUCCUGGCUUCAACUGGAGAUUGAUGCUGGGCUCGACUGCGAUCCCACCCUUCUUCGUGUGCAUGCAGGUUUAUUUCUGCCCCGAAUCACCCAGGUGGUACAUGAUGCGCGACCGGUACGAGGACGCUUUCAACGCACUCUGUCGGUUCCGUCCCUCUUCAUUCCAAGCAGCUCGAGAUCUGUAUUACAUCCACUCGGCAUUGAAGAUCGAAGAGAAACUCCGCGAGGGCAAGAACCUCCUUGGUGAGAUGUUCACCAUCCCCCGGAACCGACGUGCGGCUCAGUCGUCCUUCUUCGUCAUGUUCAUGCAGCAGUUCUGUGGCGUCAAUGCCAUCAUGUACUAUUCCUCGUCAAUGUUCCGAGAAGCAGGCCUCAGCACGCGUAUGGCCCUUGUCACGUCUCUGGGCUGUGGCAUCACCAACUGGAUCUUCGCUCUCCCCGCAGUGUAUACCAUCGACACUUUCGGUCGACGGAAUCUGCUGUUGACGACCUUUCCUCUGAUGUGUCUGUUCCUGCUGUUCACGGGGUUCUCAUUCUACAUCCCGGACUUGACGCCUCGCACGGCCUGCGUGGCAACGGGCAUCUACCUCUUCAUGGUCGUCUACUCACCCGGCGAGGGGCCAGUGCCGUUCACGUACUCCGCUGAAGCAUUUCCGUUAUACAUCCGAGACCUCGGCAUGUCCUUCGCCACAGCCACCACCUGGGGCUUCAACUUCAUCGUCUCCCUGACCUGGCCGUCACUGAACAAAGCCUUUACUCCGACCGGUGCCUUUGGCUGGUACGCGGCAUGGAACUUCUUCGGUUGGAUCUUCUGCUACUUCUGCCUGCCGGAAACCAAGGCCCUGUCCCUCGAGGAGCUGGACCAGGUCUUUUCCGUCCCGACGACCAAGCAUGUUAACCACUACCGGGCGAUGUUACCGUGGUACGCGAAGAAGUAUCUUCUCCGACAGGAUGUGCCACCCCAGAAACAACUUUAUGAUUACGAAUAG